AACCAACGCGUCAUAAACGCCCGGAUGUACUAAUAAACAACAUGCAUUGUUUGAUGCCGGCUGUGUGAUCCAAAAUCUAAUGUUUACAAGAAGAAUAUUAAAUAAAUAUAGAGAGAACAAUCAUAUUCUUUGUUGAAACGAAAUCAUGGCGCAUCAUAACGAAGUUCAAACAUGGUCUUUGUCCUCAGAGGAGUUAUUCCAACGACAUUUUCCUUUACACCAAGCAUGCCGCAAUGGCGACUUGGAAAGUCUGUCGAUUUUAUUAUCCAGCGGAAAUACCGAGUUCUACGAAGAGGACAGUUUUUACGGAUGGUCUCCGUUACAUUGGGCAGCAAAUUUUGGAAAGCUGGCUUGUCUGAGGAAACUCUCUAGUCUCUCGCAAUACGGGUGUGACAAUGCGUCCUCCAAGUUCCAACAAUCUCCGCUCCACCUGGCGUCAUGUGCUGGUCACCCUCACUGCAUUCAGUGGCUAGUCCAGUCAGGGGCUAGUAUCGAUCGCCAGGACUAUCUGGGUGAUACCCCCACACACAAAGCCGCCAAGAAAGGACACAUGGAGUGUGUCAGUCUGCUAGUGUCCCAGGGGGCAAGUCUAUGUUUGCUCAAUCAUAGUCAUUGUACACCUAGUCAAGCAGCGGCAGAAAACGGCCACCUUGAGUGUGCUCAGUACAUUGAGAAUGCUGCCAAACUGCAGAGCCAGGGACAACUGCCCAGGACUCAGUGUGUUACUAUGCAACCAUCCCACCUACUGCACGGUCAGAUGGAGCAGAUGAUGACCGACACGACUCAUCAUAAUGGUCACUUUUCUGAUGGUCCCAGUCCUGUUGAUAAUGGCAUGGAUAUGUCAGGGGAUGGACCCCUAAUCGGCACGAAGAGGGGGCGAGAUGAGUGCUGCGAGGAGGAUUCCUUCAAACGAAUGAGGAAAGGGGAUGUGUGUGUCUUGCAAAACUCGGGCAUUUCUAACACGCCAUUAGUUAACAACAACAGUUAUUUCCCCUCCUUGACAGGAAGUAGUGUAGAGGAACAUGAGAGAACAGUGUGGGCACAGCAAGGAUAUGACUCCCUGUUUAUCCAUUCGGUCAUCAGUGAAUUUCAUGGAUCUUAAGGUGGCUGCAUCCAAAAAAUAAAUAACAUCACCAGGAAAGGAAGCAGGGAUCCUACUACAUUUGUAUUUAUUUUUGUCAAAAAAAAAAUUAGUUCUGUUCGCCAAUGUACUUAUCUUUCUAAAUGGCUACAUUUGUUUUGUGACAUUUGUUUUUUGCUUAUACAUAAACAUGUAUAUACAUAUGUAUGACAAAAAUGUUAAUGUGCAUUUUUAUUUUUGUCCAUGACCUAUAAAUUUAAGUUUUUUUGUAAAGAAUCUCAAUCUUUUAGGGAUCCAGUUUUAUGAAAUGAUAAGUAGACAUUGGCAAAUUGUUAUCUUGCACCCUUUUGCAGAUUAUUAAAAAGUAAGAUAAAUCAUUAUCUGGGAUAUUUUACAAUACGUUCUAUUUCCACUACUGAAAAGUUAUAGUUCUUAGUGCGCUCUUUUGUGAAAAAGUCGGAGAAUGUACAAAUCUCGCGGGAUUUCUGGGACAAACGUAACAUAAACAUGUAAACAACACGUUGAAUGUCGAUGAACAAAUCCUAACAAAAUGCAUAUGAAAUCUUUUAUUGCUGUGGACUUUAUUUAAAUCAAGAGUAGAGAUGACAAGGAUAUUAAUUUAUAUUUAUUGGUGAUCGUAUGUAUCUCUUUAUCAUAAUGGCACAUUUAAAGUCGAUACACAUACCUCAGAAUUAUGUCGUAUUUUUAUCAAUGGACGAUAAAGUUAGGGUUUUCGCUCUCUUCCAUAUGUCAUCUCGUUCUUCUAUUCUUUAGUUAGAAUGAAAAAUGCACUUAACAUUUAAAAUUGGAUUGAUACUGGCAUGUUUUGUAUUAUCCCCAAUGCCAUGCUGUCCCAGUCAGACGACCAAACACGCCUCUAAUUCUGAAGAGUUCACUAAUGGAAAUACAACGUUUUUUGAGCAAUAUAUCCCUUUAGAAUCACUUACAUAAUUCUUUUUAUGUAUGUACUCCCACUUAGAGGGUUGGCAGUAAUUUUUAUGAAAGAUAAGCAUGACACUAAAAUUUGACUAAAAUCUACCCACUGUUUAUUAAAAUGCUAUCUUUAAGCUGCUUCUUUUACCAUUUUAAUGUUCAUGUACUUUAUUAUUAUUAUUUUUAGAUUUUUUUAUUUUGAUGAAUGUAUAGGCAGCGUUCUUUACAAACAGUAAAGAACAAAAUGUUCCCAUCAAGUUCAAACAUAAUUUUAUUUGUUUUUCUUUGAUAUUGGUAAACUUCUACCAUUUUUCAUUGAGUUGAAUUUACUGUUUCACCGAGUUAAAUUCCAUGUACAUAUCAUUUAUUAUCAUAACUGCAUGAUUUAUUGCAGAGUUCUCAUUUAAGACUUUAAGUCAAAACAUAAUUUUCAUUAAUUAUUGUAAUUUUUUUUUUGCCACUUUUAUUGACAUUGAAGUAAAUCAAUGGGUGUAUAAAAGUAGCAAAUGUUAGUAUCGUCUAGAUAUUCAAUAUAUAUACAUGUAUAUGUCCUAUGGACAAAAAAAUCUGAUUUAUAUACCUUCGCUGUGCUAUGUAUAUGCUAAAAAUUAUAGUAGAUGAAAAUUCUUAAAUUUUUUUUUAAAGCAAAUGGAUGUACACAAUGUAAAUAAGAAUUAACAUAGUAAUGAUAUAUUGCUGGAUCUCUAAAAAAAAAACCAAUACUCCAGGCUAAUAAAGAUAGUACUAGUAAUUAAUGCAUGUAUCGAAUUAUUUUUAUCAAGAUAAACAGAUAUACAGAAUGAUUAUUUGCUUUUAGUUUAUACAUUUUAAUUUGAUGUUUUUGCCAAUUUUUUUAAAAGUUGGAUAACUUUUUUUAUUUGAUUCAUAUUUACAGUUUUAUUUGAAGUUUGUUUUACCAAGAACGUUGAAAUCGUCCCAGAUAAUCUUACUUGAAGAUCUGAAAAAUAGAUAACUAUAUACAUAUAAAUACAUGCUGUUUUAUACUUCCUAAAAGGAAUGCAAUUAUUUGUAAUCAUAAUGGCCUUUGUAAUUUCUGCCAUCACUGUCUCAGAGUUUUGAAUGUCAGAGAUUUUUCCCUCCAUAAUACAUUAUUUUAUUGGUUGGUGCUGUUAAUUAACAGGUGUAUCUGUUUGUUAAAAUUUUAAUUACUGAGUGAAUAUUUGUGUGUUCAUAAGUAUUUAUGAUUAUCUGAAAGUGUUUACAUUGGACCACUGUUUGUUUAUGUUUGCAAAGAUUUUUCAUGAUUGUCCAAAACUAACUUGAUCAAAACGUUUUUUUUUUUGAAAGUUUUGUAUUUUUUAUUGUGGAUGAUAAAGUGCAAUGAAAUAUAAAUAGUGAAAUACC